AUGAUACGAAAAGUAAUACUAAUAGAAAUUUUAUUUGUCGUUUUUGUUGUAAGCGUCAAUGGAGGGACCCGAGUAGGUCGGUCGCCUCAAUUGGGGUUUAGUGAAGCAAAAGCACAAGCGGCAUCGUUCGGAGGUGGUUUUCCGCAUCAUCAUCACCAUGGGCCUGAAUCUGGUAAUUUUGGAGGCGGUGGGUUUGGAGGCGGUAACCGAGGCUUCAGUGGACGACCCGGGUUCGGCGGUGGUCCCGCUGGUUUCGGCGGUGGCCCGGGAGGUUUCGGCGGUGGCCCGGGAGGUUUCGGCGGAGGCCCUGGUGGAUUUAGCGGUGGUCCCGGUGGGUUCGGCAGACCUGGUGGGCUUGGCCACGGAGGAGGAUUUGGUGGACCCGGAUAUAGACAAAUACCACAAGGAUCUAUUAGCAUAGCCAAGAGUAUAAGCAUAAAUACUGGUGGAGGCCGAGGCACUGCUGCGUCUAGUGCGAAUGCUGGUGCUUUUGGAAAGUGA